ACGUCCCAAUGAAUCCGGAUAACACUGACACUUGCCACAGAGGCUUGUAGCCAAAGAAAACAACCUCGGGAAUUUAAAUGUCCGUUGAGCAAACCAACGCUAAAAUGGGGGAGAGAGGCUUGGAAAAUGUGUAAAUUAUGCAAAAAAAUGUUUUUGCAGUUUAUAUGAUAUUACCAUACAUUCCUGAUAUCAAUACAACAUUUGAUAUACACUAAACCUUUACUAUGCAUUUCAGGAGAAGAACGUUUAACUUAACCCCCCCCACCAUUAUCAUGUUGGUAUCUUCCCAUGUCAAAGUUGACGUGCUUUACUGUCAUGUCUUUGUUGCUUCAAUGCUAGCAAGUCCAGCGCCAAAGUGAUUGAGCACAAUCGUUUUUAAGAAAGAAAAAACAAAUUCAACCAUUUCUGUAAUAGUAAAUCCAAGAUGGAAGAAAAGCUGUAUGGAUCAGUGCCUGUCCCCUCGGAAUAUCUUCAACAGUGGAUUCAGUCAGCUCAACAGCUUCAGGCUCUGCAGGGCCAGUAUCCGGGCAUCAACCAUCACCACAGUCCUCACCCUCACUACACAGAGGAACCAAGAGAGGAGAGAGUCAUGGCACAUGCACAUAUGGCUGUCAAUGAUGAGCUCAUGGCUCAGCAAGAACCUGCCAACUUAGCGAAAGCUCCAGCGAAAAAGCGAGGGAGAACGGCACAACCAAAGGAACCCAAGCCACCCAAAAUGCCCAAGCCACCCAAGGAGCCCAAGGCCAAACCGGGCCCCAAGCCACCCAAGGAGCCCAAGGCCAAACCGGGCCCCAAGCCCAAGAAAGGCAAGGAGGGUCAAGAGGCUGACGGCACGCAGGAGAAGAUGGACGAGACCGUCCAGAAGGUCAGGAAGAAACGAGACCGAUUCAAGGGCAUGACGGAGGAUGAGGUCAUGAGCAGAACUCUGACUGACAUCCUUGACUACAACUUGGACUAUGUCAUUAUUGGAAUCAACCCAGGUCUGGUGGCAGCCUAUGUUGGACGAUGGUUCCCUGGCCCUGGAAACCAUUUCUGGAAGUGCCUGUUCUUGUCUGGAUUCACUGAUGAGCAGCUCAACCACAUGAGCGACACCAGCCUGCCAGCGAAAUAUAAGAUCGGUUUCACCAACAUGGUGGCAAGGACAACGCCCGGAAGCAAAGACCUUUCAACUAAAGAGCUACGUGAGGGUGCCUUAAUUCUUGUCGAAAAGCUGAAGAAGUUCAAGCCUCUCAUUGCUGUUUUCAAUGGAAAAUGUAUCUAUGAAAUGUUCUGCAGAGAGAUGUUUGGAAAAAAGCCCAAGAAACUUGACUUUGGUCUGCAGCCACACAAGAUACCUGACUGUGAAGUGGCGUUGUAUCUGAUGCCGUCGUCCAGUGCCCGCUGUGCCCAGUUCCCCCGUGCCCAGGACAAAGUACACUUCUACAUCAAGCUGAGGGAAUUAAGGGACCAGCUCAAGGGCGUGGCCAGAACAGACGACAUUCAGGAGUUGGAGUACACCUUUGACCUGGGAUUGGCCAAGGAGGACGCCAAGAGGAUGGCGAUUAAAGAGGAGGCGUACGACCCGGGCUACGAGGCGGCCUUCGGCGGCGCAUAUGGCGAGGGCGGGCCUGGGCCUGAGGAGGGCCAGAGCAACGGCAACGGUCACUGUAACUUCUCGUCGGCGGAAAACACAGUUUCAGACGCUGUCGAGAAGGCAGACACUUCCCAACUUCCUGCCGCCGCCGCCGCUGCCACAGAGGGACAACUCCCAGACGGACAGUGGAUGAUGCAGUCUUUUGCUGAUCAGAUUCCAGACAUUGGUGGCUCUAAAGAGCCCCAGGCAUGGGCGGGCAAUGUAUAAGGAAGGGGAUAGGGCUACUGACGAGCCCUAUCUGGACGUACAGAGACCUCAACCCACACAUCCUUAAUCCCCUCCUUCAACAAGACGCUGCACCUCAGUUUGAAGACUCAAAUUGUAGCCUUUUCAUUUUUUUGUCAAGUUGUAUUAGCCAUUUUAGGGAUUUACAUGUUUAACUACUUGAUAGAUGGAAUUUUCUAAAUUGAUAAUUGAGGAUUUUUGAAUGUUUUAUCCUGUUUUGUCAUAUCAUGUGUGUUUUGAUUGCCCUCAAGGCGGUCUUAAAUAUGUGAAAUCAGGGACUUGACAAUGAUUCUUGAUUGUCUUUGGAGAUAGUCACCUAUUUAAACCUUUUGGUUAUUUUGUUGUCAUACUGUACUUGGCCACAGGACGGAGCAGUAGGUGUAAGCAAAGCGGGACACAGUUCUGAUAUUACAAAUGGCCCUAAAUCAGACUUUUACACAUGAACAGUCAGUCCCAAAUUAACCUGUGGCAAAACACACACUGUAUGCUACUGGAAGUCAUACAUUGUGAAGUUUAGGAUUAGCUAGUAUUCUAGUUGUAUUCAUUCUGUGCCUUUUUUUGAGGAGAACAGGUACUGAGUGAUAUGUGAACAAACUAAACAUGGUCAAAAAAAGUGAUUCCACAGAGAGAUGUUUCAGCARUUUCUUCACAAGCCUUUUUAUAGUGGAUUUACAACACUGAAGGUGGGUGCUGUUCUCUUGUUGCUUUAUAAUCUGUAUGUUAUGUUUAGUAUGUUUCUGAACAUUUUUGUUCAUUAAAGCUAAAAUCCUUAAAACUUUA